CUGAUAACAUCUUGAUCUUGUAUAUUUGUGUUGCUUAAGUUCCUUUUUACUGUAUCUUAAGUUAAUUGUUAAGUUAUACAAAUGGAAUCGAAAUUUCGACCUCCAGAUAAUUUUGAUAUUGCUAAUGUAACUCCUUUGCCUAGUGCCCCGCCACCUAGUUAUGAUGAUGCUAUGGGAACUUCGAAUUCCUUUGGAGGAGCCCCUCUCCUGAGUGCCCCUAUGACAUCAGGAUAUGCACCACCACAAGCAGCAGUUCCUACUCCACCUGUUCAAAUGGUCCAGCCCCCGUAUCCUGCACAGCAGGUUCAGAUAGCUCCAGUUAGCUCUGUUUUUCCAAACAGACUACCAGUUGGCAGGCGUCCAUUAAAAACAACCUGUACUGGAUGCAAUAUGUUUAUUAGCACUAAAACUACAUCCAAGAAUAAUUGUAAUCCCACGUUUUGGUGUAUAGUUCUUUUUGUGACUGGGAUCUGCAUACCUUGUUCAUGCUGUCCUUAUUUCUGCUGUGAUAAACCUUAUAGGGUAGAUCAUUUUUGCCCUCGAUGCAAUGCCUUUCUUGGAACAUAUGUCGAGGCUUCAUAAAUAUCUGCUGAAAUGGAAAUUGUGUUACUUCCUUUUAUCAUGCCUGGUGUAAAAUGUAAAAAUAUAUACGCUUAUAAGAAAGUAUAAUUACUGUUAAAUACUCUUAAUUAGUAUUCUAUAUACGAAUCCAUGUAUAAUGAAUGUUUAUGUAUGUUUGAUAAAAUAUCUAUCUAUUUUUGUAAUUAUGUUUAUUACAUUUAUAUCAAAGAGGUUGAGGAUGUAAGAUGACAUUUUUUCGCAAUUUCGUGAAUUUCCGAAAUUAAUAAUCAUCUGUUUUAUUUUGUUUGGUGUAAGGUAUACCAAAAAUUAAAUUUUUAGGUGUUUUGUGAUUUAUAAAUUCUAAAGCAUAAAAGAAAAAUAUUUUUUUAAAAAUCAAAUAUUGUUAUUAAUCAAAAUAUAUAAUUAGUGUUAACUUAAUAUCUUUUAGCGUUAUCUAUGGUUGAGAUCUAUGGCUUUCGAAAAUUUGAGUACUUGAAAUGUCCCUAUAAUUUUUAUAAGUGAAUUCUUUCUAGUUCAAUUGCCUUUAGCAUUGUGUUGUGAUUGUAAAAGUUUAUUAUAACACAAUUAACCCAAUAGAAUUAAUAAGUCUAUUUAUGUAUAGUUUAUUGUACAAUUUGUAUAUGUCAAUUUUGUCCUGUAACCAAUAAAUUUUUUUUAUUGCA